AUGGGCCGUCCUCGACGCAACCAACAUUCAGGUUCAGCCAGGGUGUAUCCCGAGUAUUCAGCGAGUCCGGCAGGCUCGUUCGACCGACUGAAUCAUGGCCAUCAGGAGCACGAUCAGGAUGGUGGAGAGGACGAAGACGAAGAGAGCGGCGGUAUGUGGUCGACCUUCCCCCCGCACCACCAUUCGCCGCUCCUUGGAAGCCCUUCGGCCGCCGCCUUCUUCCGACGCCUGGAUCCGUCAUCGAGCACGUACCGGAGCACCGCACGGGGCCGGGCGCGCGGCUUCAAGAUCUCGUGUCGCUGGAUCAGGAUGCCGGCCCUGCUGCUCCUCUGUCUUCUCGCCAUCCUCGCCUUCGUCGUCGUCCCCUGGCACCAAUCCAGAGCCGGGCUCGAUCUCAACCAGCUCAGGGUCUCCGAAAACCAUAGCGAUGGAUUCGCCGUCCACAACAUCUCCGCCCCUGACGGAUCCAUCUAUGGUAGCUUCGUCGGGCUCGGCGCUUCCGUUCAGAGCUUGUUCGUCAAAGAUCGGCAUGGCUCCUUUCGAGACAUCGUCCUAGGCUACGACAAUACUUCGGAGUACCUCCACCAUCCGAUCAAUCCAAGAAUGGGCUCCGUUGUUGGACGAUAUGCAAACCGAAUCAAGAACAGCUCGUUCGCCAUCCCUGGACAUCCUGAUCAGAUCUUUCGGACAACUCCAAACGAGCAUCAAGGGCUGAAUACUCUACAUGGGGGGGAUCCAGGAUGGGAUAGAAGACCAUUCCAAGUCGAAGCCAAAAACCUGAGCUACAUCUCUUUCUCACUUGUCGAUCAUGAUGGCGAGCAGGGAUUUCCACAUGAAGUGGUCUCUAAAAUUGAGUAUCAGUUACUUUCCGGCGGUAAAUGGAGAAUCAAGAUGACAGCACAAGCAAAUGGACCGACACCAAUCAUGCUUUCCUCGCAUGUUUACUGGAAUUUGGAUGCAUAUGGCUCGGACGAGUCGGCCCCGAAGCAUUUCCUACAACUGAACGCGCCCCAAUACAUUGCCACCGACCCGAUCCUGAUCCCGACAGGGAAGCUAGAGUCGGUGAAGAACACGCCGCUGGAUUUCCUCGAGCCCACCGAGAUCGGUUCGCGCUUGAACGAGACUGCCGGGCUGUGUGGCCAGGACUGCAUAGGAUACGACAAUGCUUUGGUCUACGAUGUCCAUCGGCCCUUGGAGGUCCCAGCAAUGUCAAUGUGGAGUCUUCAGUCGGGGAUCAAGAUGUCUGUCAUCACCGACCAACUAGGCGUCCAAAUUUACUCUUGCAAUUCAAUCGUCCCCAGUGAUAAGUCCAUCCUUCCCAUCCCUCGGAAAAAAUCUCAGGCCGGACCGAAUGGGAUUUAUGAAAACUAUUCCUGCAUCGUAAUCGAGCAACAGGGGCUCAUCGAUGCUAUUAAUCAUCCGCAGUGGAACAUCGAUAGCUUCUAUGGGCCCGAUAGACCUUAUGAGUGGAACGCCAUAUACGAAUUCUCAAUUGUCUAA